AUCGAGCCGGCCACCCGAACGCAUGCACGCACGCGACGCGUCUCGCCUCACCUCGCCUCCACGGCCACCGCCUCCGCGCGCGCGCGCCGCUAGGCCAGCCACGGUUCCACCGUGACGCCGGCGAUCGAUCGGCAUGGCGACGUCGUCGACGCUGAGCCAGACGCAGCGGUACGCGGCGGGGGCGCUCCUGGCGCUCGCGCUCCGCCAGGCCCAGAUCCACCAGUCCGUCCUGCUCGGAUCCCAUGGCCUCGACGACGACCCCGCCGCCGCCAAUCCCUCUCUCGCCGACCACGUCGACGCCCGCCACCUCUGGACCCACGACUCCCACGGCCUGCUCCGCCCCGUCCUCAGGUUUCUCGAGAUUGACCACAAGGCCUGGCCGGGCGUGGAGACGACGGCCGCCACCUCCGAUCCCAAGCACCACAUCGGAGCCUUUCUUCGAAAGGUGUUCGAGGACGAGGACGAUGGCGAGAAGGCGGCGGGGGAGAGGUCCGACCACGAGCUCGCCCUCGCCAAGGCCGUCGACGCGAUGGUGAUGGGCCUAGAGAACGACGUCGUCGCGGCCGACGAGCUGAUGAUCGCCGCCAGCGCCGAGGACGACGAAGGGUCGCCGGCGUCGUCGCCGGGCGGCAGCCGCGCCAAGGAUUACCGGAAGAUGGCGGUGCUGUACAUGCUCCUCUCGGCGUGCGUCGCCGACGUGAACAUGGCGGAGGAGGGCAUGGGGUCUCCCCGCGUCAGGAAGGGCUACGACGCCCGCCACCGCGUGGCUCUCCGGCUACUCGCCACCUGGCUCGACGUCAAGUGGAUCAAAAUGGAAGCUAUCGAGAUAAUGGUUGCUUGCUCUGCUAUGGCUGCAGCGAAAGAGGAAGAACAGUCACGUGGAAAUGAGUCACCAAAUAGCAGAUGGGAGAAUUGGAAGCGUGGUGGAAUCAUCGGCGCAGCCGCCUUGACUGGAGGAACACUGAUGGCCAUCUCCGGGGGUUUGGCUGCUCCAGCAAUUGCUGCAGGAUUCACUGCUCUGGCUCCAACGCUGCACACACUUGUCCCUUUAAUAGGAGCUAGUGGGUUUGCUGCUAUAGCUACUGCUGCUGGACAUACUGCAGGCUCUGUGGCAGUUGCUGCAUCAUUCGGAGCUGCUGGAGCUGGGUUAACUGGGACCAAGAUGGCCAAAAGAAUUGGUAGUGUGAAAGAAUUUGAGUUCAAAGCUAUCGGCGAGAACCAUAACCAGGGUCGGCUAGCCGUUGCCAUUUUGGUCACUGGAUUUGCCUUUACCGAGGAAGAUUAUAUAAAGCCAUGGGAAGGAUGGAAAACAAACUUAGAGAGGUACAUUCUGCAAUGGGAGUCUAAGCAUAUAAUUGGUGUCAGUACGGCAAUUCGGGAUUGGCUCGCAUCAAGAUUUGCAAUGGAGUUGAUGAGGGAAGGUGCAAUGCAAACUGUGUUAUGUGGUAUUGUUUCUGCUUUUGCAUGGCCAGCUUACGUGGUAUCUGCUGCAGAUUUUAUCGAUAGUAAAUGGUCCAUUGCUAUUGACAGGUCAGAUAAAGCUGGGAAAAUUCUUGCUGAAGUGCUGCUCAAGGGAUUGCAAGGAAGCAGGCCUGUCACUCUCAUUGGGUUUUCCUUAGGGGCACGUGUUGUCUUCAAGUGUUUGCAGGAACUAGCUUUGUUGGGAAAUAAUGAGGGAAUCGUUGAAAGAGCUGUGCUAAUAGGUGCACCAGUUUCAGAUAAGGGCGAGCUGUGGGAGCCUGCCAGGAAGAUGGUUGCCGGAAGAUUUGUGAAUGUUUACUCCACAAAUGAUUGGAUUCUUGGUAUUACUUUUCGUGCAAGCCUGCUCACACAAGGCUUGGCUGGCAUCCAAGCAGUUCAUGUACCUGGAGUUGAAAAUGUUGAUGUCACUGAGCUCGUCGUCGGACACUCUUCCUACCUGACACUUGUCAAGCAAAUCCUGGACCAGCUUGAGCUGAACACCUACUAUCCUGUCUUCUAUCCCUCCACGCCAAGGUCAAAGUAGUGUGCUUCGCAGAGAAAUAUAUCUAAUAACUUGUGGAAUCAACAGUGUUGAAUUUAGUGACAGGUUGUAGUGAAGGAAAAAAAAAGGUCUAAGCUAACAGUUUUUUCUUGAAUCAAAAGUGUCUGCAACAUAGUACUGUUUUUCCCCUUUACAGAAAGGUAUGUUUAGGGCCCUUUGGAACAAGGAAAGAUAUAGGAAUUCUAAAGGAUUUGUAUCCUAUUGGAAAUAAUCCUAUGGAGACAUUUAAUCUCUGUGAGAUGCGCUAUUCUAGAGGGAUUUUAGAGGAUAAUAAGCAUGACGUCUCACCUCAUGUUUUCCUCUUCCCGUGUCUAGGGUUCCUGUGUUCUUUUUUAUGCUUUCAUGUUUUUCAAAUUUCUAUAGGAAUCCAAUGAGCAUGGCA